AUGUCAAUAAAACCAAUUGCAAUUGCUGCACCUCAGCCAACAACUCAGAGGGGUCAGGCAUCACAUCUAUCAUAUGAUCCAGUAAAUAACCGAUUGGCCUAUGUCAAUGGUAAAUCAGUUAUAAUAAAACCAGUCGAUUUUAAUUCAAACUCUCCAGUAAUUGUAUUUUCAAAACAUAUUCACCCAACUACAGCAGUAAAGUUUUCACCAUCUGGGUUUUAUAUAGCAUCCGGUGAUGAAUCAGGCCAAAUAAAAAUAUGGGACGCAUCACCUAAAAAAGGAGAGGAAAUUUUUGAAACUCCAGUUAUCAAAAGUGAAUUUCAAAUAAUGUCAGGUCCUAUAAAAUCAAUUGCUUGGGAUGCUGAUAAUUCAAGAAUAAUUGCAGUUGGUCAAGGUAAAGAAAAAUUUGGACAUGCCUUCUCCUGGGAUUCCGGUAAUUCAAUUGGUGAUAUACAAGGUCAUAGUUCAACAAUAAAUGCAGUAGAUAUAAAACCUCAAAGACCUUACCGAGCUGCCACAGUAGGUGAUGAUUUUGCUAUGGUAUUCUUUCAAGGUCCACCUUUCAAGUUUGAAAAAAGCUUAAGAGGAAAUCAUUCUAAUGUUGUAAGAGAUGUUAAGUUUAGUCCAAAUGGUGAUUACAUAGUAUCAGUUGGAUCAGAUAGAGCUAUAUGUUUAUAUCAAGGUAAAAGUGGUGAGUUUAUUAAGAAGAUGGAAAAAACUCAUGAAGGUGGUAUAUUUGCUGUAGCAUGGACUCCAGAUUCAAACUAUUUUAUAACUGCUUCUGCAGAUGGGACCUUGAAAAAAUGGUCAAUUGAUAAUGAAUCGGCAGAAACAACAUACAGAAUUAGUGAUAAGCCAUCAAUUGAUAGUCAACAAGUUGGUUUAGCUAAAACUAAAGAUUAUAUUAUUUCAUUAAGUUCAAAUGGAGAUUUGAAUUAUUUUAAAGAUGAUGGUGUAUUAGUGCAAGUUGUGAAAGGAAAUCAAGCACCAAUUACUAAAUUAUUAUUGGUAGAUAAUGAACUAUACAGUGGUAGUUCUGAUGGUAAAUUAUUCAAAUAUGAAGUUGAUAAAACUGGAACAAAAUCACUUCCUAAAUUACAAGGUACUAAAGAAGAAGAGCAUUCAAAUUAUGUUGUUGAUAUAUUAUCUGACAAAUCAGCAAUAUAUACAAUAGGUUGGGAUGAUGAACUAAAACGUUGGAAAGAUGGAAAAGUUAUCAAUUCAGUGAAAUUACCAUCACAGCCAAAGCAAUUAACCAAGAUAAAUUCCUCAAUCGUUGUACUUUUUGAAUCAGAAAUUCAAUUAUAUGACGAAACAUUAGCAUUAUUGUCCGAGUGUAAUUUCAACUUUAAUAGUACAAGUGUGGCAGCAUUAUCAACUUCGAAAUUAUUAGUCACAAAUGUUUCUACCAACACUAUUGUUGAAUUUGAUAUUUCAAACAACAAAAUCUCACAAUCAUCGAACGAAUUCCCAAAAUUAAGAUCACCACCUACAUUAAUCAAAGUUUCACCUAAUGGUGAAUAUAUUGCAGUUGCCGAUUCUACUGGUAAAUACACAUUAUACAAAUCUGAUGGUUCAGUUGUGACGACUAGAUGGGCAUUUCAUACAGCCAAAGUUUAUGAUGCACAAUGGACAAAAGAUUCAAAAUAUUUAUUAAGUGGAGGAUUAGAUACUGGGUUAUACGUAUACUCUGUUGAAAAACCAUCAAAAGUUUUAAAAUUCCCAUUAGCUCAUUCAGCUGCGGUAACUAGUUUAGCAUGGAUUGAUUUUGAUGGUGAAAAUAAAAUUGGUGAAUUUAUUAGUUCUGGUUUAGAUGGAACAAUUAGAACUUGGAAAAUUACAAAUUAG